AUGAAGAUCAUCAUCUUUGCAUUUGCCGCCGUUUUGGGUCUGGCCGUUGCCGACGACGUUUGCCCAUGCACGUUCGAAUAUGUACCUGUCUGCGGAUCGAACGGCAGAACUUAUGCCAACCCAUGCAUCUUGAGAUGCGCCCAGAAGACCGACGAUGUCCUCCAAUUCUUCUACCCUGGUAACUGUGGAACACCCAACUUCGAUUGCCCAUGCACCAAGGAAUUGAAUCCGGUGUGCGGCACUAACGGUUUCACCUACGCCAACCCAUGUCUGUUCAGAUGCGCCAAGAAGACCUUCGAGUCCAUCGAGAUCGUUUACAGCGGAGAGUGUGGAAACCCGAGGGAAACCAGGAACUUGGACUGUCCUUGCACCAAGGAAUACGAUCCGGUUUGCGCUACGAACGGAGUCACCUAUGCCAACCCUUGCCUCUUCAGAUGCGCCAAGAAAACCUUCGAUUCCAUCGAGAUCGCUCACUAUGGAAAGUGCUAG